CCGGCCGGGGGAGGAGUCUGGGUCCCCCGUGGGUCGGUCGCUGGGAGCCGGGGCUCCAGCCCCAUGUGAGAGCGAGGGAGCGAGCCAGAGCCAGGGGCACCCGGGGAGCAGAAACCCCCUGGCAGAAGGAGAAGUCCGCGCUGGAAGGAGGGAGCCAGAAAUUCCCCGGGGGAGGAGUGCCGGGCAAGAGAUCCCUGGACAACCUCUGGGCGAGCGAGUGAGAGGUGCAGAGGGAGAAGUGGGCGCCGGAAAGGGGGAGCAAGAAAAGCCCUCGGGGAGGAGAGAAGUCCCAGCUGGAAGGAGAAUAUUCCUGGGCUAGCGAGCCCCGUGUAAACCGGAGCAGGGGAAGGAAGCAGGCGGCGAGAAGGAGGAAGCCGAGCGAGAUCAAACCGGUCUCGGGUUUCCAGGCUGCGCUCUCUCCCCUCCUCCGCCGGGAAGGGGAACGAGUAAACAAGGAGGGACAAGUGCUGAGAUUUCGCGAACAAGGGGCUGGAGCGGCUGGUUCCAGAGAGCUCGGACUGGACCGGUUCUGGAAGGAGUCUAGUGCCAGCUGCCGUCAGAACCAGAGUGCCAGGGGCAGAACUGGACCAAUUCUAGGAGACAUAAGCCCAGAAUUGGCGUGAGAGGGAACUGGACCUGCAUGUCUGGCGCCAGAAUCAGAGGCCCAAAAUCUGCCUGGUUCUAAGGGUACCAGAUAGAGAGUGUGAACAGAACAGUCCCAGUCCAGAACCAACUGGGUUCUAGAAGAUUCAGACUAAGACAAAACCAACCCAGUCCCAGGGAAUCCAGAACCAUCUGGGUUCUAGAGGAUCUGAACCUAGAACUGGUCCAGCUCCAGGGACACCAGAACCAGCUGGGUUCUAGGAGAUCUGAAUCCAGAACAACAGAGACAGAACCACCCUGGUUCUAGGGGAUCGAAGCCUAGAACCAAGAAGACAGAACCAGCUGGGUUCUAGGGAGCCAGAGCCCAGAACCAGAACAGGAGGGAGAUACACAGAACCACCCUGGUUCUAAAAGAUCUGAGUCCAGAACCAGCAGGACAAGACCAUUCUGGUUUUAGAAGAUCUGAGUCCAGACCUAGCCCAGUUCCCAGGCAUACGUGUCCAGUACAAGUGACUCCGAAGCGGCCCACUUCUAGGAACCAGCUGGCUCCAGAUCCACUCCGGAUCAGUGCCCAGUGUUCCCCAGCACCAUCUUUUCUGGACCUCUAACAUGGAGGAGGGUGCGCGGCGCCGGAGUGGUUCCGAGAAGGCCACAGAUGGCUCAGAGCAGCUGGCAGAGGGUGGCGUGGGCCUCAAGAAGGAGAUCGGGCUAGUGAGCGCCUGCGGCAUCAUCGUAGGUAACAUCAUUGGGUCGGGGAUCUUCGUGUCACCAAAGGGCGUGCUGGAGAACGCGGGCUCCGUGGGGCUGGCCCUGCUGGUGUGGAUCAUCACAGGGCUGAUCACGGCCGUGGGGGCGCUGUGCUACGCGGAGCUGGGUGUCACCAUCCCGAAGUCAGGCGGUGACUACUCCUACGUCAAGGACAUCUUUGGGGGGCUGGCUGGGUUCCUGCGGCUGUGGAUCGCGGUGCUGGUGAUCUACCCCACCAACCAGGCUGUCAUCGCCCUCACAUUCGCCAACUACGUGCUACAUCCCCUCUUCCCCACCUGCCUGGCGCCCGAGGGGGGGCUCCGCGUGCUGGCGGGGGUGUGUCUGCGUGAAGACUCCUCGCGCCUGCACAGCGCCCCCACCCCAGCCCCCCGACCCCCGCCCCCCACCCCCGCCAAGAGAGCCUACGUCACCACCGUGUCGCCCCACGAGCUGCUGGCCUCCAACACCGUGGCCCAGACGUUUGGGGAGAAGCUGCUGGGUGUCAUGGCCUGGAUCAUGCCCAUCUCCGUGGCCCUGUCCACCUUCGGGGGUGUCAACGGCUCCCUCUUCACCUCCUCCCGGCUAUUCUUCGCAGGAGCCCGUGAAGGCCACCUCCCCAGCCUGCUGGCCAUGAUCCACAUGCAGCGCUGCACCCCCAUCCCUGCCCUUCUCUUCACCUGCUUGUCCACACUGCUGAUGCUGGUGACGAGCGACAUUUACACCCUGAUCAACUAUGUGGGGUUCAUCAACUACCUGUUCUAUGGGGUGACUGUGGCUGGGCAGAUCGUCCUACGCUGGCGCCAGCCCCACAUGGCCCGGCCCAUCAAGGUGAGCCUGCCCCCUGCCCCUCUGCCCCGCCCCGAGCCCCACAUGGCCCGGCCCAUCAAGCUGAGCCCACCCCCUCACACCGUGCCCCGCCCCCAGCACCACAUGGCCCGGCCCAUCAAGUGGGGAGCGGAGGGAGGUGAAGGCGCGAGCGAGGGAGAGAAGCGAAGGCGCGAGCGAGUGGGGAAAGGAGGGAGAGAGGGGAAGGCGCGAGCGAGUGAGGAGAGAAGCGAAGGCACGAGUGGACGGAGAGACGCGAAGGAGCAAGCGAGGCGCGAGCGGAGGGGAAGAGGCGAAGGCGCGAGCGGAGGGGAAGAGGCGAAGGAGCGAGCGAGGCGCGAGCGAGGGAGAGAGAAGAGAAGGCGCGAGCGGACGGAGAGACGCGGAGAGACGUGA